UUAAAAAAUGUGACAAAAUUCGCCAACGAGAACACCCGGCAAAUCCCUAAUUUAUCCCUUAUCUCCCUAAUAACUCCUGCAUUUCCCAUAACUACUUCUCAGCGUACUCACACACUCACCCCACCACCACCAUCACCACCACUUCCUCCUUUCGCCGGCGAUUACUUCGCCUCUCCGUCGACGCCGUCUCUGCCCUCCUAGGCGGCGUUCUUCUAACGUCCGCCGUAUUCGCCAGCGUCUCCGCCUCUCUCCGGUGUCUCCAUCUUCCUCUCUCUCCGAAGAAAUCAAAAUUAAUCCACCAGAUCUGAACACAUCGUCUUCGAAUUUUCCGACGAACAUUUGAUUCUGCUUUCUUUUGAAUUUCGGUAUAAAAAUUGAUAGUUGUAAUCUUUUGUAGAUCAUACAGUAUUACGAGAAUGGCUGACAAAUCGAAGCCGACGAUGUCGACGAUAUACCUUUAUGUACCUAAUAUAAUUGGGUACAUUAGAGUUAUAAUGAAUUGUGUUGCAUUUGCAAUAUGCUUUUCUCAUAAAGGCCUUUUUUCAAUUCUGUAUUUUAUAAGCUUUGUGUGUGAUGGUAUAGAUGGAUGGUUUGCUCGUAAACUCAAUCAAGUAUCAACAUUUGGUGCCGUUUUGGAUAUGGUGACAGACAGGAUUAGUACUGCUUGUUUGCUAGUAAUACUGUCUCAAAUAUACCGGCCUAGCUUGGUUUUCUUAUCACUGCUUGCCUUGGAUAUAGCGAGUCAUUGGUUCCAAAUGUACAGUACUUUCUUGACCGGCAAGACUAGCCAUAAGGAUGUAAAAGACAGUUCUAGCUGGCUGUUCCGAUUGUAUUAUGGAAACAGAAUGUUUAUGGCAUAUUGUUGUGUUUCAUGUGAGGUUCUGUACAUAAUCCUCUUUCUCCUUGCAAAGAACCAAACUGAAGAUGUGGUUGAUGUAUUACUUUCAUCCAGAAAACAUAGCUUGGCUCUCUUUCUUCUGGAAGUUCUAGUUCUUUUUGGAUGGGCGGUCAAGCAAACAAUCAAUAUUAUUCAGCUUAAAACCGCCGCAGAUGCAUGUGUUCUGCAUGACAUUAACAGAAAGCAGAAGGCAUAAUUUGGUCACCUUUCGAUAUCUUAUGCUCCACUCUCUUGAAUUCUCAUUUGAGCGUGAUGACGCUAGUGGCAUUCCUCACCACAUUGAAAGAACUACUGGUGAUUUGCUGCUAUUCAGGAAUGCACAGAUGAAUUUGUGUCUCAGCUAAUUGAAUUCUCCCCAGCAUGGCCAGCAGGUCUUUCGGAUUAACCCUGAGGAGUUCUUGUGGAUAAUGAUCUGAUCAGUUUUUAGUUUUGAGGCUAAUGUCAUGCUCAUUUUACUUUGAUCAGUUGAUGCUUUUCUUGUACUUUGAUUGAUGGGGUGCACAUAAAAACAUUUAAUAUUAGUAGAAUAGUAGAUGAUAAAUUUGAUAAAUGUAUGGUGGUUGUGUUUUGUGACUACUUGUCUCAUUUGCUCGCUAUGCUUUUAGCCUGCAUUAUAUUUUCUUGCUUUGUAUUAAUUGAAAGCAAAUCGUUACUGAA